AAGAAGAAAUUGUGCCACUAUAUGACCCACCUCACCUAUUAAAGGGCAUAAGGAAUAAUUUACUAUCAAAAAAUUUGGAAUAUGAGAUGAAUGGAGUAGUAAAAGUAGCUAAGUGGCAUCAUCUAGAACUACUGCAUAGAGAGAAUCCUGGCUACAAAGGUGUGAGGCUUGUACCCAAACUCACUGACAGUCAUAUUAUUCCUCAGAAAAUAGGAAAAAUGAAAGUGAAAUAUGCAAGCCAAGUAUUCAGCUCUACAGUUGCAUCUAAUAUGGGAUACCUUGCUGACAAGAAAAUUCUUCCAGAAGAAUGCAAAGAAACUGCUGAUGCACUUCUCUUCUUCGACAACCUCUUUGAUUCAGUGAAUGGGAGUUUCAUUAAAAAGAAUAGGUUUGCAAAGCCACUUUUGGGUCCUGCAACACCAACUUCAGUUCAUCAUAAAACAUGGAUUGAAGGGAAAAAGAUUUUAAAAUCCAUGAAAUACAUUAAUAAUAGAACUGGGAAAAAAGAGGUGGUACCUACAAUAAAUAGAGGAAACUGCGAGAAAGACUUCGGAGAAGCACUCAUAACUCUUUUUGAUGAAGAGGGAGACUGCAAAGUCGAUAACUGA